UUUAGCUAAUUAAAGACAAAAAAUCCAUCCUGCAAUAUAGGAUAAUAUAUCAAAAUAAUAUUUAGAACAAUCUUUUCCAAACAAACUCAAAUUCUGUGUUAUUGACAAAAUUGAUUCGCUCCGAAAAGUGACUGGUUGGUACAGAACAAAUUCACGAGGGGGCAACGCUAGCGUAUGACCAUGCCUGCUAAUAUAAGUAGGACCAACCUCCGCAUCCGAGUCAGUUGCAGAUUCGUGCGUAGAUUGAAUUUAGCGUUUCGCUUCGGCCUUGACGUCGUACUUUCACUUUUUCUUUCAUUUAAUUUUUUUGUUUUUUAAUUUGAUAGAAAACCUGAUAGAUUCAGAUCAAGGUCAAAGCUAUCAUUACCACAAACCAUUAUCAAAUUGAGAGUUGCUCAAAAUUAUAAUCAUCAAGAUGAGCAAAUUAAUUGUAGUACUUGUUGGAGUUUUUGCCACUACUUUUGCUGAGGAGUUAGUUGCAUCAGUGUUACUUAUUCCUGAUCCUGAAUUAAAAGAUCAAAAUGUCAGCGGUAGUUUGAGACUGGUUCAAAGUAUCGCCAACGGACCAGUAACGAUCACUGGAAGUAUUAGCGGCUUGAAUAGAGAUGCAAAUCAUGGUUUUCAUGUUCAUGCCAAGGGUGAUAUCACAGGCGGGUGCAAAUCGGCUGGAAGUCAUUUCAAUCCAGAAAAGGUGAAGCAUGGUGCACCUGACGACACUGUUCGUCAUGUGGGUGAUCUUGGUAAUAUCAAAGCCGACAGUGAAGGAACGGCUCUAAUUAAUAUCACCGACGCAAUGAUUUCUCUCAGUGGACCCAGUAGCAUCAUUGGCCGAGCUAUCGUCGUACAUGAGAAAGAGGAUGAUCUAGGAAAAGGCAACAGCACAGUAUCUACAGAAACAGGAAAUGCUGGUGGUCGCUGGGCCUGCGGUGUCGUCGGAAUCUUGUCUCCCGAAGGAAAUUGGCCUAACUCUGCUGUUUUGAUUCAACAGAAUGGACUGAUGCUUUUGAUAUCUAGUGUAGCCUGCUCCAUAUUACAUCACAUCCAUUAGGUUGCACCUCGGAAAAAAGUGUACAGUGUACUUAAGGAACCGUUAAACUUGAUAUAAUUUAUUGCGUUGCGAUACGAGAUGCGGAAGUAAGUAUAUUGAAGUCAUGAAUCUGAUAAUAAUGCAGGAAAAACAAUUUGUUUAUCAGAGUUGAAUACUUAUAAUUAUUCUGCAAUUAUCAUUUGAACUAAUCGAUAUCAUAACUAAAAAUAAUUAAUGAUAUUAAUUAUCAUUGAAAAUUUGCACUAGAUAAAAUAACUUGUAUAUUAAUUUAAAGUUGCAUCAUCACAUCACUGUUAUCCAUCAAUAUUCUAUAUUUUAGCGUCUCACAAACAUUUUAUUUGUGGUUGCGGUAGCGACCAGGGCAAAUAUGCCAAUGGUCUACUGCCAACCAUUAUAUUUCGAGGAAUCAACUGAGGCGUUUUUCAUUUUAUCGUUUCACAUGAUUAAUUUAAUGCUAACAAUGUCACAAUUAAUAAUUUCAAAGUUUGAAACGACGUUUAUUUCAUUGCAACAUUGAAAUUAUGCAUUUUACUUCAUCAGGGACCAAGUAUUUAUAACGUAUACUGAUCUCUUGUAUUGCUCCAAAUAAUUGAAAGUAGCAGAUAAAAAUAAAUAAUCAGCUUGAAUGAAAAAUAUAAA